AUGCUCUUUUCUCUGUCCUCCAUGGGCUCUCACCCGCACCCUCGUUCCUUACUGGCUUUGUUUUCAGCUGUGUUUCUGCUAGCAGAACAUACUCUCGCCAAUGUUACUAUCUAUGGGGGCAAUAACCCACAAGCUGCCUUUGUCACUACAUCUCUUGCACCCGGCGCAACGUAUACUGGACCAGCAGCCUACAAUCCCAGCUCCAUAGCUCGACCUCCUCUCCCAACACCGGGUAUCGUCACCACCGUGCCAGUCCAACUGCAAAACUCUGGCACACCCAACUUGUCGAUAAAGCAGAAGGGGUCUUUCAUUGGUUUCUCCAUCGAGAUGUCGGUUAGCAAUCAAGUUUUGGGAAAGAAUUCGAGUUUGAUUCAAGUGCCGUUCUUGAAUCUGAUGGCGAAUAUCCAGCAACGUGCGGGGUCAGUCACGGUCCGAGUCGGUGGCAAUUCCCAAGAGUCCGCCAAAUUAACGAAUUUUAUCGAGAAUGGACGCGUCAUUGCCAAGAACUACACAGGUUUGACUGGGACGACGCAAACCCCACCCCUCGAAUAUACCCUCGACCUGCUCUACAUGAUGCGCAAUAUCUCAUCAUUCGUCAAUGUGCAUUGGUUCAUGGGCAUCCCUUGGUUCAACACGAAACCUUUCAACCUUGACAUUCUCACCGAGUCCCAAAAAAUACUGGGAGACUAUCUUUUGGGACUUCAGGCGGGAAAUGAGCCCGACAUGUAUGUCUUACACAAACAUCGCGUUGACCCAUAUGGUCCUUUCGACUAUCAAGGAGAGAUGUCAGAUCUAUUGAGCCAGUCCGCCACAGCAAAUGCCGAUCCAAGUGGUCAAGCACUAUCCAAACUUGUUGUGCCCAAUAUCGCAAAUUACGCUUGGAAGCCGGAGGAUGUCUGGAAUACCGGAAUAGUGGGCCAAUUCGACAAGAACAUCGCAUAUCUGGCGGUCGAGAAAUAUCCACGGGAUAAUUGUGUUACCUGCGCACGUGACCCACUUCGCAAAAAAAUGUUCGGCGGUCCCAAUGCAACGGGAAUUACCUUACCUCAAGACGUACAAAACCUUUAUCUCACUCACCAGGCUCAUGUUGACCUCAUCGCUCCCUACCUCAACAGCACGGCCUUUGCCCAGACCGUCAACAAGCCAUUCCUGAUGUUCGAAACCAAUACCGCAUCUUGCGGCGGCUUUUUGGGCAUUUCAGACUCAUUUACAGCUGCGCUAUGGGGUCUUGACUAUGCUCUCCAAAUGGCGCAUUCCAACUUCUCCGGUGCAAUGUUCCAUUUAGGAGGACAGAAUGUGUUCUACAAUCCUUUUACCGCGCCGCCCACAAAUGAAACCGGAUUCCAUAAAUGGAGUGUUGGGCCUAUGUACUACGCGGCCCUCGUGAUGGCAGAAGCCAUCGGCCCAUCGAACAAUACCCAGGUGCUUAACCUGCCGAUUGCCAACAUCAGCGAGCAUACCCCCAUCUAUGGAAUCUACGAGAACGGCACUCCUGUCCGCGUAGCGAUCCUCAAUUAUGUCGAUGACCCCAGCGGUGCCAACACUCUCAAGGCUGUCAUCUCCAUCACAGGUGGGACGACACCGUCGUCUGUUAAAGUCAAGUACCUCUCUGCGGAGUCGGUUAUCCAGAAGGGCGAUAUCAAAUGGGCAGGCCAGACAUUCGGGAAGAUAUUCGAGUCGGACGGGAGGCCUAUGGGAACCGAAGAAAUCAAGACUGUGAAUUGCGACGCGGCGGCGCAAACCUGUACGGUUGAAGUCCCUGCCCCCGGCUUCGCGCUCGUUUUCUUGUCAGACAGCGCUUUGACGGAGACGGCUGGUGCGCCGAGCGUCACGUUCACUACCACAGCGCUCACUAAGACGCGUAAUACUGCGACCAUCGAUGCCUCUGUAUUGGCAACGUCCAAUGGGAACCGCAUGGCGGAUCAUGGGCUGGGCGGCACGAGUAAACCACCAAGCGCAGCUCCUCGUGCUGUAGAAGUACCGGUCAUCACAGCUCUGGGAUUUGUUCUAGGCGGAAUAUUGAUGUUGGUGUAG